AUGAGCUCUGCGAGAUUAGAAACUUUACAUCUUGCAUCCGAAAACAAAGAUGGUAUAAACAAUAGCUCGACCGAAUCGUCUCCUUCGAUUUCAGUUACCGCUGCAAAUUCGCCAACUAGCGCUGCUUCUUCGGUAACCAAAAACUCCGCACGAACGCCAAGUUCCUGGGACGCAGAGGAUGACGUCCUACUAAUGCAUUUGAAAGAUAAACAGAAGUUGGGAUGGAAGGAGAUUGCAAGCAAUUUCACGAAUAGGACCCCUAACGCAUGUCAAUUUCGUUGGAGACGAUUGAAAUCGGGGAACUUGAAGAAUCCUCCAAAAUCAGCAUCACAACUCGGUGAACUGUUUAAGCAAACUUCUGGUGUAAUCAGCUCCACAUCUACUUCCAAAAAGAAAAAAUCUACUAACUCAAAUCGAACGAAUACCAAGAUUGAAACUACUGAAUCUGAAUUUUCUUAUAGUCCAGUGACUAGUGGAGGCUUUCAAGGCUUUGACAAUAACAUCUCCAGCGCAUUGGCAGGAUUAAAUGCUUUAUCCAACUCCCCAUCAUACAUCUCAAGCCUGUCGGCAACAACAACACCAAAGAUAUCUGUUUCAUCGCCACGAAUAAAUUACGGUGGGUCAAGCGGGAGAGCUAACCUGAUCAGUAGCUUACAUCACCACAAGUACGAAGGGUCUUCAACAUCUGAUAACUUGAUGGAGCCAUCAGGCAAGUCCGUUAUUGUAGCUCCAGGAACAUCGGGAUCGGGAGGUUAUUAUGCCGACGUUUCGGUAGACCCUACAAUGAACCUCCCUCAUAACCAGGCACAUCCGGAAACUUCUUCAUCAGUAACACCUCGAGGGUCGCUUUCUCAUGCAACUAAUAAUAGCGGACGCCAAAAGGAUACCAGCAACAGUAAUAAUCUACACACCGAGUCUAUAUCUGCUGCUGCCACAGCUGCUGCCGCUUUGCGAAACAACUCGAUUAUUCAAAUAGCCAGUGAAGAUCGUGAAUCCAUACUGUCCAUAACCAGAGCCUCGGUUUCAUCACUUCCAUCUAAGUCAAUGAAUAUACCACAUCAUCAACUGGGCUCCUCUGCAUUGGCUCACUUACCGGUGCUAUUUGGCGGUGCUGGAAGCAUCAGUGGACCAUCGAGAAACCCCAGUAUUAGCGGCAUGUCAGGACAUCAAACCACAGUUUCAAGUUUGAGGAACGGUUCCUUGGUGGCAGCAAAUACUGGCUACUAUUCACGUUCUGGCUCUGUGGUGAUACCGCACAAUACAGAUAAAAGCGAAGAGCCAUUGAAGGUCAAGGAUGAUAAAGUUGAUAAUCACAAUACUAGUACUAAUACUAAUGCCAAUAACAAUCACAAUAAUAAUAGUAACAAUAACACUAAUAAUAAAAAUAAUAAUAAAUUACACAAGUUGAAACGAAACACGCCUACUGCUGCAAAUUCACUGCACGGGAGUGGGAAGGGAAAAGGGAAGGGAAAAGGGAAAGAGAAAGAGAAAGAGAAAGAGAAACGCGAGAGCCUGAAAUUGGAUAUCCCAUGGACAAUGGAAGAAGACGAGCUUUUAAUUAAUAGACGUAAUAGGGAACUAUCCUUUGCUGAACUAUCUAUCCUUUUGCCUCAAAGAACAGAAGGUGAAAUCUGGUCACGAAUUGAUUAUUUAGAAAAAUUGAGAAAUGGUAAUGAUAGAACUGUUAACGCUAGAGAGCGAAGGAAGUCUCGUCAGUCCUCAUUUGGAUUAGACGAUGUCAAUGAUUUAUACGACGACGACGACGAUGAUGUAAUUGGAGGUAUCGGAAUUAGCGACGAUGAAGAUGAUAACGAGCUUCUAGUUGAUAUUAAUGAUGAUACUGUUCCAAGGUUGAGAAAUAAGAAACGAAGAACAAGUUCAGCUGUGAAUCCACUUUCUGUGAGGAGUACAAUACGUAAAGGAUAA